AUGGCUCCGAAAGAUCCAACGCCCCUGGUAAAAGUGCAGAAAGAAGCAGAUAAACUCAAGAAACAGAUUGACAAGCAAGUCAAAGACAGCAAUAAGACUGCAAGCAAUUCAAAGACGAAAAAUGAUGAAGUGAAACUCAAAGAAGCUUUCAAAGGGUGUUUUGACCUGAUCGAGCCAAUAGAAACUCUAUUAGCAGAAGCAGAGGCCCUUGAAGAGGCAAAUGAACCAAAAGUUAAAGGAUUUGAGAAUAAGAAGAAGCAUGAAAUUAGUAGACUUACUGUGUGGAAGGGGCAGCUUGAAACUGCCAUGUCAAAGGUUCUACCAGAUGAAAAAGGAACAGAAUAUUUGAAGGAGCUGAAAGGGGAGGAGGAGGAGGAGGAAGAGGAAGAAGUGGAAGAUGAAAGCAAGGAUGAGGAACUGGAGACUACAGAGAUGUUAGAUACACAACAAACAGAAUCAGAGGAACCAAAAGCUGGUCCAUCAAAGUCAAAGAAGAAAAAAGAUGAGGAAGAGGAGGAAGAAGAAGAGGAAGAUGAUGAUGAAGAAGAAGAUGAUGAUGAAGAGGAAUAUGAAACAGAUGGAACAACAAUGAGAACGGAUGCACCAACAAUGAAAACAGAUGCAGAGGAAGAGGAAGACGAUGAUGAAGAAUAUGAGGAAGAGGAUGACGAGGAAGAAGAAGAAGCUGAAGAAGAGGAAGUUGAUGAGGAAGAAGGAGAAGAGGAGGAGGUGGACGAGGAAGAAGGUGAAGAAGAAGAAGUUGAGGAGGAAGAGGACGAAGAAGAGGAAGAUGAAGGAGGGAAGAAGGAAAAAGUGGAGGAGAAUAACUUGGGUGUAACUUCUGCAGGUCAGCAGUUUGAGGCUGUGUGUGACUUCAAAGGUGAUGCAGAGGGAGACCUUAGUUUUGUCAAGGGUGACAUCCUGACCAUUUUACAGACAAGGGAAGAUGGUUGGUGGGAGGCAGAGAAUGCUGCUGGUGAAACUGGAGUUGUGCCCUCAACUUACCUCAAGAUGCACAACAAAUACAAGGAUAUACAGAAAGAUGACGAGGGAGAAGAUGAAGAGGAAGGAGAUGAAGAUGAGCCUGGCACAGCCAAAAGUGGGAAGAAAUUAUGGUCACCGAUCAAGAAGGCAGUCCAAGAGAAUAUAGCAAAAAGAGGACUGAAGCUACACAAAACUAGUGUUACUGAUGUGCUGCAUGCUCUAGGAGCAGUGCCGUCAGGGUUCAGACCUUCCACACUGGGGCCAAAGUUCCAUGAUGAAGACAAAUUCACCAUGAAGCGGUACCUAGCACCCAAACUAGCAAAUUCAAACCUGGCGUAUGCCGACUUGUUCUUUGAUCCUAAAGUAGGAAAGAUUAGGCCACGUCCCUCCAGGAUAGAGAGGAUAGUGUCUGUGGUAGCCUGUAGACAGAUCCCUGUUCCUGGGGCAGGUCUGCAAAUCAAAGGUAGACAUGUGCGAGUCUGUCUAUUUGAUGGCCAAAAUAUUUUGAGUAACAUUCACACAAUAAAGGUUGCUACAGUUGACAAGGAUCAGAGGACGUGGAACUUUAACAGUCGGGAGUAUGCCCAGAUGGACCCAAUUCAGCAUGCUGAGUUUUUCAUCAGGACAAACAGUGCACAUGAAAAUAUAGGAAUCCUGUUUGAGCUUUGCAUGUCCUAUGUCAGAUCGAGUACAGAGGAAUAUGGAGAAUUUAGCUGUGGUUGGCAUCACCUCAAGUUGUUAGAGGACAAUGGAAAUGUCAAAGGCAACAGGCAAUUUGAUCAGAUGGAAGUCCAUGGUGGCACUCCGUAUGAAAAGGGAGUGUUUGUAGACCCAGAAAUAUCCAGAAGAACAAGCUCCAAUGCCUUUAUGACUUUGCUGUCAGGAAACAAGCAACCAAGACUUCAUGUUAAAUUAGCCAUUCCUAGUAAAAAGGAGGUCAAGGACCAGCUUCAAACACUACCAGAUGUGUUUUUGGGGAGUAUGUGUCUGCUGCCUUUUUACUCCUUCUACAGACAGAUCCUAGCUGAUAAGCUGAUCCGUGACCGCAUUGAUCCAGAUUCCACAGAGUUAAUCCACAGUGCAGUGUUGACCACCUUCCCUCAAGUGGCUGACCAAUCUGACAUGAUGAAGGUUGUCAGGGAUAUGUGGCAAAAGAAACUGAAGACGGUAAAGAAAGCAGACUCGAAUUCUAUUUUCCUUCCAUCCUAUUUGUCAAUUAUGCGUGACCAUGAAUACAUGAAGAAACUAUUCGAGGAUGUGAUAAAAGAGUCUGUGUAUCCCCUACUACACACCACAACAUUACCACCAUAUAAGAUAGGCAACUUCCAGGCAGAACAGGUCCGUCAGGCGGAGAUUGACAAGUUUGUAAAUCUACGUGACACUCGAGGUGGUAUCCUUCAACUUAUGCUCUCAUCAGAAGUAGAGUUCUCUCCCUUUGAUUCCAAAGAAGUCUCCUUUGAUGUAAUAGGACCUCACUGUUUACAACCCUAAUGACUUAAAGGUUGGUUUAGAAUUCAAAUGUUCAAGCAUCAUAUCAGGGUCGUGGCUCCAUAUCAGGGUCGUGGCUCCAUAUUGUAGAAGCGAAGGUACUAGUUUGUGAUAUCAUACAUAUCAGUAGAAAACUUACGCAAGAUAUUCUAUGACAAUGUAUUUUCCUGUAACCUCAACAGAAGGAAACAGUCAUUACCAGGAUGCAGUUAAAAUGAUUCUUAACAAUGAUAAGUUUGCUAACUUGUGUUCCAAGACUAUAAAAGAGGACUGACAUGUACCUGUCUAUACUGGAACGAUUUGUGAUGUUGUAGAAAAGAGAUUAGUGUAAAACCGUCCAUUAGAACGAGCAACAACUGUGAUGGAGAUCACCCGAUAUCUCGUCAAUGGUGAUGAUAUAUAAAGCAUUUCCACUGCACGAUGUUGAACUUGUGUAUUAUUGUAUGUAAGGAUGUGAGUUUGUGUGUAAAUCUGAAGAAAGUUAGUCCAACCUCUUCAUGUUUCUUGUAUAUGUGAAAAAGUCAGAAUGGAGUAAGAUAAUUUUAAGUUAAAUACAGAAUUUAAUUUUUGUAUUUUAGACUCUGACAAGGUUUUACCAAUGUCAGUCUCAUUUCAAACAUUUUUGGUGACAAAUGAUUGAGAAAGUUACGACCUGUUCUGAUAGUAACAAGAAUAUAUAUAUAUUAACCAUUGCCAAUUGCUUCUUAUGUGAGAGUCUGUAUGAACAUUGUUGUCAGGAGCUGUGACGUAUGAUUAUUUAUUGUUAGAGUGCUCAUCUUGUACUAUGUGGUUGUAAAAUGCAGCACAUUUUAUAUUUUAUAAUAAAUGUUCAUAGUAAA